AUGGCGCCCAUCCCAACCACCAUGUCGGGGGUUCUCAUCGAGAAGAACGGCGGCCCAGAGGUGCUGCAGUGGAGGACGGACCUGCCCGUCCCCAAGCUGCAGGACGGCGAGAUCCUGAUCAGGAACGAGUUUGUGGGCGUCAAUUACAUCGACACCUACUUCCGCACGGGGCUGUACAAAGCAGCGCUGCCGCUGGUGCUAGGGCGGGAGGGAGCGGGGACGGUAGUGGCAUCUGCGACGGACGAAUUCAAGCCCGGGGACCGGGUAGCUUACACGGGAGAGCGCGCGUACGCGGAGCUGACGUCACUGGCGGCGGACAAGGCGGCAGCCAUCCCAGCGGGGAUCACGACGGAGACGGCGGCCGCGUCAAUGCUGCAGGGGCUGACGGCGUUGACGUUCGUCCGCGAGGCCGCCGGCAUCAAGCGCGGGGACGAGGACAAGGGCCCGGGCUCCGGGCCAUGGGUGCUGGUGCACGCGGCCGCCGGCGGCACGGGCGGGCUGCUGGUCCAGCUGCUGACGGUCCUGGGCGCCAAGGUCAUCGGCACCGCGGGCGGGCCCGAAAAGUGCGAGACGGCCGCCAAGAACGGCGCGCAGUAUGUCAUUGACAGCCGCAACGAGGACGCCGUGGCGCGUGUCGCCGAGAUUACUUCCGGCAAGGGCGUUGACGUCAUCUUUGACGGCGUGGGCAAGGCCACCAUCGACAGCGACUUUGACAUGAUUGCCCGGAAGGGAACGCUGGUGAUUUUUGGAAACGCGUCUGGCUCUCCGCCUCCUAUCGAGCUCGCGAGGCUUUCCGCCAAAAACAUCAAGCUCAUGCGCCCUGUGCUGUUCUCCUACCUAGCGACCAAGGAGGAACGGCAAGAGUACACCAAGGAGCUUUUUGAACUCAUUCUCGCGGGCAAGGUAGAUAUCAAGGUUCACGACGUCUACCCACUAAAGGAGAUAGCCCGCGCGCACUCAGACCUAGAGGGGAGAAAGACCACAGGAAAGGUUUUGCUUAGGGUCUAA